AUGGCACUGAAGAGGUUCAAUCCGAAUACGCUCCUUGAGAAUUGGACAGACGAAAAGUAUAGUCCAACACAUAACGGCAAAACAUUCGAAGAGUGUAUCCGAGCCGCCUUCGAUAUACCAAAAACCGACAACUAUGUAUACAGAGCCCAGGGCGAGACAUCUCUCGCCAUCACACAGAGAGCAAUUGGUGGCAAGCGCGUACAUGGUAUGCACAGCUGGUACCAUGAUGAAGAUGGUAAUCCUAACAACCCUCCCCACCCAUCAGCAGACGACAUAUCUGCGUACACCAACCUUUUUUCCCCUUCAGUCUCCCUCCCCAAGGCCUUAAACGCAUUUAGAGCAACGUCAAAACCCAAUACGCUCCGCGCCACUAUUUCCAACCACCUCCAAUGCCGCUUCGACAACACCACCACCGGCCUCCUGCCCUCCAAGAAAGAUCGAACCCACACGAACCCCUACUUUUCCUUGUGGACUUACUCUUGCGAGGAAUUAGAGUGGGCAGGUCCCUGGCCGAACACUGUGCAUACGAAGAUAGCACACCACAUCCUCCCUGUGUUCUAUCACCACUUCGGCUGCGUGGUCCCGUCAUAUGCGGCGCUACAUGUCAUCGCGAAGCUGGCACAGCCCGCAAAACCCUCGAAAGAAGAUGUAAGACCUAUCUUAGAUAUCGGCUCAGGGAACGGGUACUGGACCUUUAUGUUGAGGAAUUUUCCGCUGGUAGAAGGGAUGAAGAGUCUCGAUGUCCGGCCCGUCGAUAACGGGCUGUCCGAGUAUCGCGUUAGCUGGGUCGAAGAUACCAUGCACGAGGACGGCAGUGGGUAUCUGAAGAAGAAUGAUGGUGGGAAGGGGUGUGUGCUGCUGCUUGUAUAUCCGCAGGCUACGGGCGAAUUCACGGGCCCUGUUCUUAAGGCAUUCAAAGGAGAUCAUGUUGUGGUCGCAGGCACGCAAACCGGGAACGGGUUUACGGCUUUUCAGGAUGUGGUGGUGGAUGAGUGGGUGAGGAGAAAUUUGAAGGAUUUUGAGUUGACGCUGCGUAUGCCGUUGCCAAGUUUUGCGGGGAAGGAUGAGGCAUUGUUUGUGUUCCAGAGGAAGAAGGCGGAAAAGUAG